AAGCAGUAUGUCUAUUUUUUUUUUCUUGAAAUAGGAAUAAUAUGGAUUGGUUGAAAAUGGAUUCCAAAGUAAGAAUAAUAUAAUGUGAUUCUUUACAACCCUCACAAUAAUUAUACCAAUAGUGUUAUAACACUAUAUAUAUUGUUAUAUAUAACACUAUAUGUUAUAACAAAUACACUUAUUUUCAGAUUUUACUUUCAAAUAAUAGCUCUACCAUAAACCUUUGAAAUCAGUCUUUCUUAUAAAUUCAUUAAUCCCGUCACAAUUACACUUCAAUAUUUGUUAGAAAUCUUUCCAUAAACCCUUUUCCCAGCCCCACACUGUUUUCCUUUUAAUAUCCAAUUAUUUAAAAUUUAAAAGGAAUGGGCACCGCCCAAUGGGGGUGUGUGUGUGGCUUUGAACCUAUCGUUACUAUCCAGAGAAUGGGGAGUGACAUUAUCUGUGACAACAAAAAAGCUUCUUUUGGUGAGUGGAAGACCUAUAUAUAAAAGUCACACUUGAGGGUCUCUACAGUCUAACUCAUCAGCUUUCACCAGUUCACUCAACUUUGAGAAAGUAUCAGCUGUCAAGACACCUGAAAGAUCUUGUCACAACCUUGUGUGUGAAGAUGAUGUCUGCGAAAGACAUGGUUAAGGUCAUGGUUGUCAUGUUUGCAAUUUGCUUUCUUGCAAAAUCGGAUGGGAAACCUGUUAAGAAGAGGUCUGUGAGUGAAAUACAGUUUAUGCAUAACCUGGGCAAGCAUCUGAGCUCCGUGGAGAGGGUAGAAUGGCUGCGGAGGAAACUACAGGAUGUACACAACUUUGUCGCCCUCGGAGCUCCAAUAGCUCACAGAGAUGGUGGUUCCCAGAGGCCCCGAAAAAAGGAAGACAAUGUCCCGGCUGAGAACCAUCAAAAAAGUCUUGGAGAAGCAGACAAAGCUGCUGUGGAUGUGUUAAUCAAAGCUAAACCCCAGUGAAGACAGAGCAGAGCACUGCUAUACACAGGAUAGGGCAACAAAAUUACAUGCUGCUAACAUUCUCAAGCUUUGAAGAUCACCAAAUGCCAAUAUUUACGUCUAAUCCAUGGCUAGCCACGAUAGCUGAAAUUCUAAUUGAUUGUUUUGAUUCUACUUUUAUUCAUGUAAGGCCUCUUUUAAUUAUUCCAUUUCUGUUGUUUAUUCUUUUUAAAGUAUGUUAUUGCAUAAUUUAUAAAAGAAUAAAAUUGCACUUUGUAACCUCUCUCCCAUCGUACACUGCAAAAUAAAAAUUUAAUGAU